AUGGUGUCCGACGAGACCUACGACAUCUGCCUCCCAAUCCUCCAGGACGCCUCUCUCGAGGAAGAGGACAAGAUCGACCGCCUCGAGUCCCUUUUAAAGAAGGCCACGACCCUCCAGGGCCAAUCCCUCGAAAACGCAGUAUUAGAUGCUGUCUGGCGAUAUCGCGAGGGCGGCGGGACUGCCACAUCGCCGCCGCCCAUCCGCCAGACCAUUCUGCGCCGGCCCUCGCCCGCCUCUUGGCGCGGCUCCAACACCCCACUUUCCGGCUCGCCGCGUCUCGGGGUGAGCCCCCUCGUGCCCCCAGGCUUCGUCCCGGCAUCCAUCCAAGGCGCUUCCUUCCCGCCGUCGUUUACUCGCAACAACAAAUCCACCGCCGCCUCACCCUUCGGCUCUCCCCGACCCUCACCCCGUCUCGGUUUUGCGACCCCUGCCAUCCCCCACAGCCCUAGCCUCAACGCCUACGAGUUUGCCAGCGAUCACACACCUGCCGCUGAAAUCUUUGGCGACGCUCAGCAGACAGACAAUGUCGACUGGCUGGUCAGCGAUGAUGCCGUCAGUGUUACCUCGUCACUGGGAGGUGGCAGCGGUACCGGUUUUGGCGGCGGUCCUGGAAGCUAUACGGGCAGCGGCUUUGCCUCCGGAACGGCAACGCCUUCUUCCUCGAGUGGUCUCAACGCGGCCGCGCCCGAGUUCUCCUUGUCAUCCCUGUCCUCGCAGCAGGUGGACAUGACGCCCUACGAUAUGCUUCGCUCUAUCUUGGGUCCGUCGCGCACCGACGACGAGAUCGACGCCGCCCUGGCCAUGCACGGCUACGAUCUUGGCGCGACCAUUACGGCGAUUAUGGAGCAGCAGCAGCAGCAGCAGCAGCAGCAGCAGCAAAAGCUGCAAGAGCCGCAAGAACCGCAACAGCCGCAAGAUGCCGCCUCAUUUUCUCUGUCGGCCCUGGGAUCGAGCGGCGCGCCAUUCCCGCCCGCGCCGACCUCCAUUGCAUCGUCCAUGGACGAUUCUUCGGGCGGCGUGCUCAUUGGCAAGUCCAUGACCCCUGACGCGCGCCCGAGCACACCCGCCGACCAGAAGUCUGGCAUCUUAUGCAAGUUCUUCUUGUCGACGGGCCAGUGUCUUCGCGCCGACUGCCGUUUCAGCCAUGAUCUGAGCAACCACAUCUGCAAAUACUGGGUUGCUGGUAACUGCCUCGCUGGUAAUACCUGCGUCUUCUCUCAUGACCCGGCACAUCUCAUUACCCGCCUAAACGUGGACGGCACUAGCACGCCGCCAUCGCAGCCCAGCGUCCACGACUAUAGCGCGUUCCCCGUCCUCCAGCCGCAGCCUUCCACGCCCGAGCAUCUGUCCCUCUUCGCGGCCUCGGGAUCGUAUCCUGCUGUCGGCCUCACGCCGCCCCCAGGUUUCAAGCUACCCAGCUUUAGCGGUGCAGGCGGCUUAGGCGACGGAAUCUCGCGACCCCGGUCGCGCCCCAGCAGCCGGCACCAGAUGCAUCGCCAACAUGAAGGCGGACACCACGGUCACAACGGUAACAAUAGCAACAAUAACAGCAGCAGCAACCAAGCGGCGCCUUCCAUCGACGACACCGAAGCGUUCCCGACGCUUGGGUCGGCCGUGUCCUCUGCCCGAGCCGUGAGUGGCAAGAAACACCACGGCAAACGUGGCGGUCAAGGCCACAAAGACGGCGCCACCAUUGGCUCGGGUGCAAGCGCACCAUUUACACCGAGCUCGCUCGCGGACAUUGUUAAGAUGUCACCCUCACCGACGCCCGAAGCCUCAUUGCCACGACCCGCGACCAUUCGCAAGCUAGGCCGCAACGGCAGCAUGGCCAAUAUGCGCAACGGCGAGACCAGUGCGGCCGCUCAGGCGAUCCCGACGCCCAAGCACAUCCCCUGGCUCGAGACGGGCGACAGGGCCAACAAAGCCUAUCUCAAAGCGCGCCAGGAAGCCAUUAAGCACGGUGGAUUACGCAACAAGUUUUUGCAGAGCGCCGCACAAGCAUGGAACCGCAACGACGCGCGCGCUGCCAAAGCACUGAGCCUGCGCGGCCAGAGCGAGAAUGACUUGAUGCGCAAAGCACACCGCGAGGCCGCCCGCGAGCUCUACGAGGAGCGCAACCGGUUCAACACGCCGUCGUCGGAAAUCUACGUGGAUCUGCACGGCCUGCACCCCGAAGAAGCCGUCGAGUACCUGGAGCGCGUGCUGCUCGACAAUGGCAGCGAGACCAAGCCCGUCUAUGCCAUUACGGGCACGGGCCACCACAGCAAGAACGGCAAAGACAAGGUCGGCAAGGCCGUGCGCAACUUUCUCAACGAGUGGCGCUACGCGUAUCGCGAGUUCUCAGUGCCCAGCGACCGCAACAACAUGGGCGGCAUCCUGGGCAUUGAUGCGCGCAGCUGGGACAAGUCGCUGGGGGCCCGGCCGACGGCGCCGCCAUCCAAGGUGUCGACGAGCACGGCCGUCGUAGGAAAUGUCGACAUCUUGUCUCAAGGCGUCGAGAUUGGCGACGGCAAAGUGAAGCUGCUGGUGCGGGACUCGUCGGUCGCAACCAAGGAGGUACCGAAAGGGGGCAAAGCUGUGCGGUAG